CCGGACGCCCCUCGGACACCCCCCUCCUCCGACCCCCGGCCCCGGACCCCGCAGCUAUGGGCAAUGGCAUGAGCCAGGUCCUGCCCGGCCUCUUCCUCGGGAGCUUCGCAGAUGCCAAAGACGUGGCCCAGCUGAGCAAGAAUAAGAUCACCCACAUCAUCUCCAUCCACGACACCCCCCAAACGCUGCUCCAGGGCAUCACCUACCUCCGGAUCCCUCUGCCCGAUGCCCCUGAGGUGCCCAUCAAGCAGCAUUUUCAGGAAUGCAUCGACUUUAUCCACGGCUGCCGCCUCGCCGGGGGCAACUGCCUCGUGCACUGCCCACAGGCCGUUAAGGGGGAGCGGGCUGUAGGGGAGCAGGUGGAGCAGGGUCCCCGGCGUCCCCGGUCUUCCAGCAUGGCGGGAGUGUCGCGGAGCGCGACCAUCGUGACGGCCUACAUCAUGGGCGGUGUCGGGCUGGGCUGGGAGGAGGCCCUGGCGGCCGUCAGAGGGGUCCGGCCCAGCGGCCGACCCCAACCCCGGCUUCCGGGAAACAGCUGCGGCACUUCAGCCGGGGAUCCGCCCGCAAGAUCGGCCAGCAGCUACAGCAGCGGUUUGGGACGAGCACCUUGGACGACGUGGGGGACAGUCUCCGCCGGGAGGCCCUCCAAAAGUCGGGGGGCGAGGGCUCCCCGUCCACCGUGGAGGCGAGCCCGGGGGGAGCCAGCACCCCCAGACCCGGACCCCCCCUCCUCCUGCGUCUCAUGGAGAUCUGCCUCUUCUUCCCCAGGUCUUGUCGCCGCGGUGGCCGUGAGGCUUAGGCCCUGCGUCUGCGGCCGCCAGCCUCACCCCUGGAUCCUCAGCUGCAGCCGUCUCCUUCCGCAAGUCACCGGCCAGCAGCUCCUGCGGCCGGACCCCGCCCUUCCUCACAAGCCAAAGAGAAAGAGCCAACGUAACGGGACGCCUUAACCGGCCACCUUAACCCACCGCCUUAACCGGCCACCUUAACGGGCCACCUUGAACAGACCGCCUUAACGGGCUUGCUCCUUAACAAGCUCGUUAAUAAGCAACCUCAAAGAGGUGCUCAUUAAAGAGCUCGUUAACGAGCCACCUUAACGGGACACCUUUAGGAGGUGCACGUUAACAAGCUCGUUAACGGGCCACCUUAAGGAGGGACACGUUAACAAGCUAACAAGUUAACACACACACACACGAACGCACCAAGGUGUUCGUCAACGAGCUCGUUAACAAGCUCAUUAACAGGUUCGUUAAGUCACCUUAACGGGCCACCUUAACGAGGUGUUCGUCAGCGAGCUCGUUAACAAACUCAUUAACAGGUU